UGAAGGAGGGCCUGCGUGAAUUCCCGCGAAAUCGUGUUUGUAUCCCAACGCGAAGCUUUUCCCGCAGUUUAAGAGCUUUGUUUGUGGCAUUACGAGCCUGCAGUAACGUUAACGAAACUAUUUCAUACUUUUUAGAUAUGCCUAAGAGGUCCUGUCCGUUUACGGAGACAUUCUCCUCACAAUAUAAAAUUCAUGUUAGUCAAAAGGAAUUAAGCAGUCAUGGAGUGUUUGGGAACAUGUACCGACAAGAAAUAUACGAAAAGACUAAGAACUUGCUUUUCACUGGGACCAAAGCCGUUAUGGGCAGACUAUGGAACGUGGACGACAAGUCAUCUAAUGGCCAGAUCUCCAAAGAGGCUCCUAUGCCAAAUGGAGCCCACGCUCUCCUCAAGGGACAGACUGUGAUUGGAUUCGAUGGCAAGCUAAAAAAGACAACAGCUGCUUCAGAGUGUGUCUCCAUGGUUGGUGUGGCAGCUCCCACAGGCUGCAGUGUGUGCCUGAAGGCCAGUGCGUCCAGAAAGCCCUGCUCCCAGUGUGAACGUCCAAUCUGCACCUCCUGCACCCAGCAGUGCAUCGGCUGCACCAGUACCUGCUGCACCUUCUGCAUCACUGUAGAUUACACUGAUCGGUAUGACAAGGCUUAUUGCUGUAGCUGCUCAUCGUAAUCAGACUGAAAGACCAUGAGGCCAACUAAAGGACAGUGGAAUAUGCUUGAACUCUUUUAAACUGUAAUGAUGCAUUAAAAUUAAGUAGAUUAUUUUAUAUGCAUGUUUACAUUUUUACUGCAAUACGUCUGUGUGAAUGUGUACAUAUGUGUGUGUCCUGUAAUAAAGUCUUGAAAGAAUUGGCUGUGUUUAUAAACUACACGUCCAUCAUGAGAAUUGUACUGAAUCUAUGUUAAACUUUGGGAAUGAAACAUUGGACCUCUCAUUUCCAAAUAGUACUGAGAGUUGUUUAUUCCUUUUCUGUAUAAGAUAUGCUUUAUAUUUCCAUCCCAUUUCCCCCUGAUACCUGUGGCCUCUGAAGUGUGUGUGUAUUUGUAGGAUGCAAGACUUGAAAUCGCCGACCACAUGUGUGUGCAGAAGUUUUAUAUCAAUAAAUUCUUUAUCAACUA